AAAUGUUGCGCUUUCUUCCGCUUGAAGGAUAAUAUGGCCCUCCUAUGAGGUGUCAAUCACAGAAACGGCCCCUGACAAUUUGAGUUUGAGACCCCUGCUAUAUGAGUAUUCAAGUUAAUCUAGAAUAAUAUGCUUUUAACACAACAUCUAGUCAACAUCAGUGCUAUUGCUAUAAUUUGGAUGGUAUAGUAUCAUGAGCCACAAUUAAAGUCUUGUGACACUCAUGCCAGGCGUUGUUGUUGUUGUCGAGUUUCCGCACGCUGAUUGCUUUGGGCCGGGCCUAGUCAAAGUCCAUGGCCGUUUUUUAGUCCCAGUCCUUCCCUGCUAUAAACUCCACCCCUUUCAACACUUUUGACCUUAAGCAGCUCUAGACAGAUAGCAACAGAAGUGGGAUAAAAGGAAAUGAAAUCCUGUAGAACAAGUUGUGAACGAAUUAUCUGUGUGCAUCUGAUAACUAUGUACACGCAAGGUUGUCGACAGCCUGUCGUUUUGUAACUUUGAUGAGAGCACUGACUGCCUUUUGGGAAGUUGUCUCAAUUUAAUUGAGUCUAGACUGUUCAGUUAAAUACAAUUUUAGGAAAGUCUAUUUUGUGAUCCUGCAGUUGUUUAUAUUGCUCUGAGUGGAGUAAUUUCAUGGUGUCCUUUAUAUGAUUUGUGUGAGUUUCCAUGUAUAGGAGGAGGAACUCUUGUAGGAAUGAAAAGAUUGUGGCUUCACCUCAAACUGAAAAAUGUCUGUUUCAUCAGUUUUACACUAGCAAUCAUUAUAUGCUGUUUUAUGAUCAUAACUUUAAGAGUAAAUGAAGGAGGAGGACAGGAAGCAAGAGUUUUUGAGAGGUCGCGGCUGACAGUAAAAUAUGGCAUUAACUGCACAGCAAUAUAUGAAAUGGAACCUGGGGAAGUGAGCAAAACUUUAGCCAUCCGCAAGCAAAAAACCUAUGUAGGGGCAACUGACCAAACUAUCGUGAAUGCCACCUCUGAUUGUGAUAGGUUUGUUGUGACACAGGGCUAUGAUGGGAUUCAAGGCACUGAAUUUGAGCGUGAAUUUCCUCUUGCUUACUCUUUGGUUGUUCACCAGGAUGCGGCACUUGUGGAGAGGUUGCUCAGGGCCAUUUAUAUGCCGCAUAACAUAUAUUGCAUACAUUAUGAUCUGAAGUCUUCAGCUGACUUUAUUUCAGCAAUUAAAGGUUUGGCCCGCUGCAUCCCCAACGUGUUCAUUGCCUCAAAACUGGAGAGGGUUCAAUAUGCAGGUAUCUCACGACUCAGAGCGGAUCUCAAUUGCCUGUCUGACCUCCUAGAUUCUGAGGUUAAGUGGAAGUAUGUCAUCAACCUGUGUGGUCAGGACUUUCCACUGCGGACAAACGCCGAGCUGGUGUCGGAUCUAAAGAAGCUGAAAGGCAGGAACAUGGUGGAGAGCAAGUGGCCUGGAGGAAAGACACAGCGCUGGAGUGUUCAUCAUAUCCUGAAAAAUAACAAUGAGUACUACGACGCACCUGUCAGCACUUCUGAGGAGAAAUCUCCACCUCCUCACAACAUUGAAAUGUUUGUGGGCAGUGCUUACUUUACUCUCUCAAGGGAAUUUGUGGUUUUUGUUCGCUGGAGUUUCCUAGUCAGAGAUUUCUUGGCUUGGUCUGAAGAUACAUACUCACCUGAUGAACAUUUCUGGGCGACUCUGGUUCGUGUGCCUGGAGUACCAGGUGAGGUGCCGAGAUCUGAUCCUGAGAUCUCAGAACUGGUCAGUAAAACUCGCCUGAUGAAGUGGUCAUAUUUAGAAGAGGAUCUAUACCCACCGUGUGCAGGAGUCCGUGUGCGAGAAGUGUGUAUUUAUGGUGCUGCUGAGCUCAGAUGGCUCCUAAACUACGGCCACUGGUUUGCUAAUAAAGUUGACCCAAAAGUGGAUCCUGUUCUUAUAGAAUGUUUAGAAGAAAAGCUUACAGAAAAACGUCUGAAUAUGCAGAGUAAAGUAUAAAUAAUGGACUCUCAUUCCGGAAUUCAUUGUAAUACUGACUGCCUGAUGUAUAAGUUAUUCUCUGUCGCCCCCUGCUGUGUACAAAUCAAUAGAGGAUGAGUUGGCUUUUUGAACCACUGCUCCAAUGGAGCUUUUCUGGUGCAACUUUACAAAACCAACAAGGUGCAUGGAAAAUACAAAAAAUAAAUAAAUAAAAAAGCCAACCAGCAGCACUUGUGGAGGAAAAUGAAAAUGAUGGGGAAACCUUUUGUCACCUAAAAGAAUGUAUUACUGAACAAUUAAGAGGUGAUAUAACAAAUCCGGUACCAAAAUAUUUUAAAGAAUGUAAUCAUAUGGUCUUUUUUGAUUAUUGGCACUGAACACACAUUUGCAGUAAAAAGAGGUGAUAUUGACCAAAUUCUAAAAAGAAGAGAGGCAUUUUUAGAUUUUUUUUUGGGGGGGUCUAAAAGAUUUUUUUUUAUGACAUUUUAAAUUAA